GUCUCGAUGCGGUUUGUUUUGUCUGAUUGGGAAAUUCGGUCUUUACGGUGCUUCAAAGUGGAGAAUAUACUUAUAUAUAUAUAUUGACAAUACAAACAAAUGCCAAUCAGAUUUUGGCCAAGUUUAACUGCACUCAAGUUAGUUUUACCAGAAAAUUUGUUUAUUUUGGCCUAGUGCAUGUGAAAACACAAAAAAUCUAAAAGAAAUUAUUGGGCAAUGAGCUGAAUUGUGUAAUUUUAGAAACGUCUGGCAGACAGCUAUUUGUAGCGUUAAAGAGAGGCCAUCCGAAGUUGAAGAGCACGCGCGUACGACGAGUGGAAACAGCGCCCAUUACGAGAUCCAUUUUCAAAUUUAGCAACUGUGCCCCAUACCCUGCAUACAGCCCCUGGCCCAACAAAAAAAUAUAGAAGAAGUGGCUGUCCGUAUCUGACUCCAAGCAACAACAACAGAAGCAAUUAGUGUUUUUGAUCAAUGCUGUUACCAUUGUUGCUCUUGUACACGAUCCCCACAUACCGUGCUGUGCAGUUUACUCGCUCGACAAACGUAAUAAACCACCAUCAAUGCCACCAUACAAACGCCAUUACCUAACACCAAUACACGCACCCAAUCACCGCCCACACUGACGCCCAAGUCAGAUGUUCAACGAUUUUGUUGUUGUGGUUUCGUGAAAUUAGUCGUUACUCUGCCUUUGUCAUCGUAUUUGUUGCCUUGCUUUUGGAUAACGCCGUCGCCGUCUCUGCCGCUAAAUGUGUUGUACUAACUUAAUUUUCGGCAUGGCUUUGCGCACAGGCUUCGGCCGACGUCAACAGUAGCAGCGCAGAGUUGCAGCUUAUUUGACGUUGCGUACAAAAUAAAACAAAAACAGAAAGCAAUAAAAUAUAAACAUUGAAAAGCAAUUACACACAUGCAUAUAUAAGAUUGGUACAUAAAUACAUACAUAUUACGUCCUCGAUAAAAGUAGAGUUGGUGAUGAAACGGAAAACUAUGCGUAAAAUUGUUAUAUUCAUUGAAUAACCAGUGAAGUUUGAGUCACUUGCGCCUCUUUUUUUAACCAACCAGUUCGCCCGCGUACGUUUUAUCAAGUGUUCAGGUGAACAGCACGAUUAUACAUACAUAUGAACAUACAUAUAAAAAAAGAAUUACAAUAUCACCUCCAGUAGACCAAAGCGGCGAGCUGUUGUACGCCAACGAUAACGAAUAAUUAAUAAAAAUUGUAAGUAAUACGUAGCGCCGCGAAGUAUCGCACCGGAAGCACGUUCGCAACCAUUACAGACAGCGGAUAUGGUAUGUUUGUAUGUACAUAUGUAUUUUUGAAUGAAUACAAUUUCAAGUUUCGUAAAAACGUGGCCAAACCAGCCAAAUAAAGAAAACAGUGCAUGAAUCCUCAAUUUUUAAAGACUGCGAAGACCAAAGCAUGCAAUACAACAACCAUCUGACAAAGGAGGUACAUAUGAAAUACCUAUUAAAAUUGUGAGGUGUAAAAAGUGAAACUUAAGUUCAUAGUGGGUGUAAGUACAUAUGUACAUAUGCAUGUCCGUAUGUAAAUGUUUACAUAAAUUUAAGUGGUAAGCUGUGCAUCUACUAUCUGCCACCCCAUCCGAAUGAUAUAAAUUUGCAGUUGAAGGCUGCUUAUGAUACGGAUGCAGUAAUUCUUCCUAAAAAGUGUGAACUUCACAAAUAAAGCUCAAAUAUGGUGAUAAGCAAUCCAGAUGCUGUGGCCGCCGCCACCACCACAAAUAAUGCUGGUGGCGAGGCGGGCAGCAUAGCGCAUCCAUCGGGUAUUCCACGAGAUAGAAUAGAUAAUAUAAUGAGCGGUAUAGCGAAUACGGGCGAUGUGAAAAUGAAUAACCACCGAAAGAAGUUGCGUCAAAGAUUCGAUAUUAUUAAAAAGUUAGGUCAAGGCACAUACGGUAAAGUGCAAUUAGGUAUAAAUAAGGAAACCGGCCAGGAGGUGGCUAUAAAAACCAUAAAAAAGUGCAAAAUAGAAGCUGAGGCGGAUUUGGUGCGCAUACGACGUGAGGUGCAAAUUAUGAGCUCCGUACAGCAUCCUAAUAUUAUACACAUUUAUGAAGUAUUCGAGAAUCGUGAGAAGAUGGUGCUAGUCAUGGAAUUUGCCGCAGGCGGUGAACUGUAUGAUUAUCUCUCGGAACGUAAGGUGCUCAAUGAAGAAGAGGCGCGACGCAUAUUCCGGCAGGUGGCCACUGCUGUCUACUAUUGUCACAAGCACAAAAUUUGUCAUCGUGAUCUGAAAUUAGAGAAUAUACUGCUCGAUGAGCAUGGCAAUGCGAAGAUUGCCGACUUUGGCCUUUCGAAUGUCUUUGACGAACAAAAUUUACUCUCCACAUUUUGCGGUUCACCGCUUUAUGCCUCACCCGAAAUUGUUGAAGGUACCCCCUACCAAGGUCCAGAGGUCGACUGCUGGUCCCUUGGUGUACUCCUCUACACUCUAGUCUAUGGGUCAAUGCCAUUUGAUGGUUCCAAUUUUAAAAGACUUGUUAAGCAAAUCAGUCAAGGAGAUUACUAUGAGCCAAAGAAACCAUCGCGUGCCUCAUCGCUCAUACGUGACAUGCUGACGGUGAGUCCACGCAAACGUGCCACCAUCGAACAGAUUUGCGCUCAUUGGUGGGUCAAUGAAAAUGAUAAUGUCUCAUGUUUGGAUUUGGCUGAGGAGUUGGCAACACAGACACCGGUACGUUUGGAUGUUUUGUUGUCACUAACACCGGCCGCUAUAACGGCCGAUCAAUUGGUUGUGCCAUCCGCUGAUGCGGGCAAGGGAGAACGUGUACCAAGAAGUCAUUCGGUGGGUUCGAUACGUGAUAUGGGCGGCAAUACCGAAGCGGAACGAAGAAUAUUGGACAUGGUUGCUGCUGGCGGUGAAGCAGCGCUCAUGCCAUCACCAACGCGCACAAUCACACCCACACAUAGUCCAGUGCAGAGUAAACGCAAGCUCGAAACCACCGUCUCCACAGAAAAUGCGCAUGGAGCCGCCCUGAAGAAGAAGGACAAACCAGGCAGCAGCUCUAUGAUACUCGGCGAGACCGCAGUGCCAUUAACAGAGGAAACGCCCAUGGAGAUGGAGGAAGAUGAGGCCACUCAGAACGCAAUUGUCGAGGAGCCCGUUACACCGGCACCACUCAAAUCUAUGCCAUCGGCCAGUUUCUCGCAAAGGGAUAUGGAAAUGGUUGGUGAUCUGUGCGAGCAGCUGAUCAAAGAAGAACCCAAACCCACGUCGUCUGCACUGAUUGAAUCCAGCUCUCCUGUGACACCCACACAUGCUGGCGUACCGCGUCAAAAAACCCUUGGCAAGUUGGAAUCACUGGAAGAGGCGCCUGAGGAAAAGGACGCUACAAAGGUGAUUAAGAAGUUUGUAAACAAGCACAAAACAGCCGAUCUGGUAAAUGCUAUCGGCCAAAUUACACCCUCAGCUGAGAAAUCUAGCGAACAGGCUACGGUUGCAUCAACAAAAUCCAAUAAUGCCAAAACAGCGAUCGCCAAACCGGCAACUAAUACCAACAACGUGACACCCGCGCCAUUCGUACGCAAAUGUAGUCUUCAGGAUGAGGGUUCGUUGAGCAAAUUCAAUGCCGACCGCCGCAAAUCGCGCGUACUCGAAACCACCGAAAAGUUGCAGCAAAUGAACACCAGCGGUGGCGCUGAAAAGCCGAAGAAGUUCAGCAUACCCGGUGUUAGUGUUGGCAGCUUCAAGAAGGAAUUCGAACGCAAAGCAACCAACCCACCCGCACCACAAGGACCUACGCCAGGCGAAUUGCGCGCAAUGGAAGAGGUGGCAGCCGCAACGGCUGCAGCACAGGAGCUAGAAGCUGGCGAGCAGACACCGCCGAUCACACCUGCCGAUGAUGCCAAUGCAGCACAGGCCCAACAGACGUCGCCACCAGCGCCGACAGCGUCGUCGAUCGAGGCGAGCGAUUCAAAGAAUUCAGUUGCUUCGUUGUCGCUAGAAGAUGCGCGCCGCUCAAUGGAGAACUCAAUAGCGCUGCUGCGGCAAGCGCAAAGUGAAUCGUCGAAAGAGGUGGAUCAACUAUGUGCGCAAACCGAAAAUAUUGAGGUUAGCGAAACCAGUAAUCCCGUGGUGGCGGCCGAACGCGAAAGGAAGCUGAAAAAUGCGCGCGCCAUAAUCGGAAAUGCCAUACAACCAGUUAUACGCAGACCACCAUCACAACCAUCCUUUGGCAUCGGCGGCGGGGGCUACGGUCAAAUGCGUGCAGCCAGUGGCAGUUUUAUUGGUUUUGGCAGCAGUGGUAGUGGCAGCAUAAGCGGCAUGGGUGGCGUUGCCGCAGGCAUUGGCGCUGUCGGCGGUGGCGGUAUUGGUUCCAUUGGCGUCAACGUCAAGAUCGGAGGUGAUAGUGAUGGCGUCAGCGGCGGCACCGUUGGCAGCUAUGCACAACCGCCCCCAAUGUUGGCACAACAUACAAGCGCUUUACCUCAGACACCGCCACCUCUGUUGACACCAAAUUUAAGUGCAAGUGCAAAUGCGAAUGCACAUACAAAAGCGAAUACGAAUGUGAACGUGAAUGCAAACGCAGCCCUCGCCGCUGCACGGCAACACAUAAUGGGACGUUUGGCAGCUACAGCUGGUGGUCAGAGUGAAUUCCAAUCUUCCGCAUCUUUGCCGCCUAACUACUUCAUACAAUCAUCUACCUCGUCCAACUCCUUUCCUCAGUUUAUUCAGAACAACAGCAACACCAAUAAGCACAACAACAACAACAACAGCAAUAAUAUGAACCUACUUCAAUACCAAUAUAAUCCCAAUUCACACCAACAAAAACAACAACAGCUAUCUCAGUACCAACACACUAACUCAUCGCAACAGGCGACACAGAAUCAACUUUUGCAAUUCCAACAAAGACUACAACAAUUACAACAACAAAGACAGAGACAUCAUCAAGCGCUUUUAGAGCAGCGAGCAGAAAUACAACAACAACAUCAAGAACAACAACAUCAAGAACAACAACAUCUAAUAUACCCAAAACAUGCGCUAUCACAACAACCAUUGCAUCAAUACCAAUCCAAACAAGCUCACAGCAUGUCAAUGCCACACACACUUGCCGCAUCUGCCACUGCCACUGCUGCCAACGUCAAAAGUACCGCCAUCUCCUCCACAGCCGCCAACGCGAAUAGUGUGCCAAAACCGUUUUAUAAUGCACCACCUCCUUCGAUAUUCUACAAAUCAUCACCAGGUGGCGAACCGAAUAACAACGUUAAGACUUCCACCGCUACCAUAACACUAAAAUCAGCCACAUUGCCGCGCCGUAAGCCAACCGCCAAAACGGAAAUUCAACUAGAAAUAAAACCACGUAUUGUCGAACAACCGAAUAUGCGUUUCACUACGGAAAUGCAACAUCCUGUCGCCGAUUUGCGUAGCGCGCCCGCACGCGAAGGACCAGCACCAUACAGUCCCAUCAAGACGAUGCUGAAUGCACGCGCCACCAGUUUAGAACCAAAGGAGCACAUUAUACCUAUACAAAGGCCACAAGCGCCAUAUACGCGUACCACCUCAAAUACAACAACAAGGUCCGGUUCGUUGUCUCGACAAUCUACAAACGAUUCAGAAUCUGAUACAACAACAACUGCAAAUAUGUCACAAUCCACUGUAACAGGCUCUUCGCAGCCAAUAAAGAAGAGUCCACGCGAAUUCAUUAUACCAAUUGCGAUGGAGGGCGGUGGCUUCAUAACACCGCGCGAGGGCAGCAUUGAACCUUCGGAGUCUAGUCAUACAGCCUCGAGUCGAUCGGCAUUCAAUCGGUUGCGGCCAACUCGACGCAUUGGCUCACUACUUAACGAUUCUGGCAUCGACGAAAAUUCGCCAUUCCAGAAAUUCCGCACGUCGUCCGGCAAUAGAGAAGGCGAUGAGGAGCCGCGUUUCACGCUGCACAGAUUAAGAAGCUCAAGACCAGUUAAGAAACUGAGUCAGGAAAACGAUUCACAAAGUUCCGGCGAAGAAGAUGACGAUGACGGCUUUGAAAUUUUAACCGCAGAAAAUCUCUUCUCCACAUUACUACAACGAGUGCAUGCACUAACACAUCGCAUGAAUGUUGAUAAAGAUUUAACUGCAGGUUUUCCAAACUCAAGUCGCCUGCUCAGCAAUAUGCGACAUGGCCCCUUUUGGAAUCAAGAACCUUUUGGCAGAUCUCAAGUGAGUUACACAUACAGUGAAACGGUCGAGAAGAAACAAGUCCGCCUCAACAGCGCUUCCGGCAAUAAUGUGGGUGCACCAUGGCGCCAUAGUAUAUCACGUGAUUUGAGUAACGAUAUGGAUUCGAUAUUUUCACGCACUGGCGCCACACUGCCAAGAGGCACAAAAACUUCUUCCAAAAUCGGCCGUCCUGCUACUAUUGCCGAACCUAGUAGCACAGCUGACGGACCUGCAGCGCCAGCCGUAUCCACCGAUGAACCGCUCGACUUGGCCGACUUAGAUCUGUCGCGUCUACGUUUGAGCAAGAAGGAUUUAGAAACUUUAUCUAGCAUCACACCCGGUCUACCAAAAUGCUUUCAGGAGCAACUACUCGCCAAAUUGCCACCAACGCAGGCGCGUAAAUUAUCGCGCACAUUGAGCAUGCAAAGUAAUACCCAGACCGCGCCGGUAAAAAUUUAUAAACGCAGUCAAAGUGGUGGGCGUGGUGUAUUGCACAACGCAGGUGUACAAGAUCUCAAGGAAAAUGUGGCCGAAGAGACAGCCAGUAGCAGCACAGCAAGCAAACGCAGCAGCGAUAGCAGUGAACGUCGACACUAUGAUCCUGUUUAUCGGCGCAGUCUUAGUCGUUCGCGUUACGAUUAUGAAUCGAGUAUUCCCUCACCGAGCGAUGCGGUGUCGAAGAGCCGAAGCAGUAGUGUUUGUCGCGACGACUACAGCAAGUCGAUGUGUUCAUCAUAUACGACGGACAUAAAUGAUCGUUACAAAUACUAUUCGCCAUAUCUCAGCAAGCCAGCGAAAGAAUCGUCCACCGAAAGCGGUUCGGUGUCGCCGCAGAAACGUUACAGUGGUGGUGGUGGUGGUAGUAUUGGCGCGCAACGCGAAGUGAUCGGUUCUGCGCAUGGGCGUCCACCAAGUGGUUGCUUGUCGCCGCCAAUUGUAAUGGCAGAUGGCGGCAGCAGCUCUCUGCGUAGACGCUCUUCGCAGAAACGUAUAUCACGUUUUCUACGACCAGAUUUCUUCGAUGAGCCACUAGAAGAGAAUCCCUUUCAGCGUGAUAAGAAGCAACGCGAACGUGAUACUCAAAAUGUGCUGCGUGAGAUAAGAGAGAAAUCUCGUGAGCCGAGUAGAGAACGUUGUAGUUAUAGUGACUUAAAUGCGGAGGAUACAAUGGCUCGCAAACACAGCUUACCUAAUGCGGAGUUCACGGGCAUACCGCAAAAGACAGAGUUGAAGCAUGCGCGUAAUAAAAGCAUGGAAAUGUAUUCAGAAUAUCAGCCGGGUAGUAGUUCAUCGCAGGAGACCAUUAAGAACAAUCGGCGAAGUGUCUCGCGGCCACGUGACUUAACCGAAGGACUGCGCAAAAGCGAGCUUGCCGACAAGAUAUUGGAGGAGCUGCAAAUGCUGUCGGCUGCACGAACGCAACAAGAACAACAACAACUACGAUCGGCAAUGCCAAGAGAAAUCUCUGUGGAGCGCUCUUCGGAAACGACAACAAAAUCAGUUGUAGAAGGACCGAGCAGUCGUGCCGAAAUUGAAGAGAAGGAAACGUCAUCUACCAUUAAAAAGAUAAAAAAGAUAAAGCCCAAAGAAAAAUCGACUACAACAGAGUCAAGUACAGAUGCUGAUGCCACUAUUACCACGUCUGUGGUGAAAAAAGUCAAGAAGAUUGUAAAGAAGACUGAAUCCACAAAGACGACACCUAACGAUGCACACGGCAGUGGUUUUCGAAUAGCCGAAGAUAACCAACUCACACCCUUAGAAAUGGAGCAGACAAAGAGAGAGUCAAAACUUAAGCGUCCCAAAUCUUACCCUACCAAGGAGCCAACAAUAGUUAUGAAACCUGAAGUUGGCGCUUUGACAACAAAGUUAUCUGGAAAACCCAAUACAAUUCCAGAAAUGACCGCCGACAAGCCAAAUGCCACAUAUGAGGCCACAUGUGCCCAGUCCACAGGAUUAAGCAUGCGCGAGAGUCGACUUGUGCGGCCCAAGAGCUAUCCAGCAUCCAAGCUAACACCGCCGAAGGAUUCGAAGAAAGUUACACGUAGCGGUGCUGCUAUUCCCACGAUAGUCGAAGGAAGGCUACGAGAUGCGACGCCACCGCUUGCAGUCGAGGAAAAGUUUGAGCUCCAGACGCCAAACAUGAAAGCGAAUGUGGAAACUUCUUCUUCAAGUGAUAUUAAGGCGAAUACCAUCAAGAAAAUUAUUAAGGUUUCUAAGAAGUCUAAGCUAGCACAGCCACUGCCAGUCACACCUACUACACCAACAACAACCACAACAACAUCAACAACGACCACGCCUGUUGAAACUUCCAAGGAGUCCAGUCCCGCAAUAAAAGAAAAAUCACCCGAAAAGAAGCCAAGUAAAGGGUUGCUCUACGCUAUAGGACAGAAAUUUGAAAAACUACGUGACUCAGCUAUGAGCAAGGAAAAGAAAAGCGCCUCAUCCAGCCCCGCCUCUUCAGCAAAUGGCGCCGUCGUAAAGAAGAGAUCUCCAGAUAAUGCCUCCCCAGAGAAGAUAAAGGAAAAGUCCAUGCUGCUUAAAAAGAAAAAAUCUUUGGAUGGCACAACCACAAAGACUGAUAAAUACGCCACAUCGAGCAAUGCAAUUGAAAAAAAGCAACAAGUCUGAAAACCAAGAGUCGUGGUGAAAAGGAUAUCGUUAUGCCCCCGGUUAAAGAAGUAGCGCAGGGCAAUAAAGACAAACGCAAGGGUCUGAUGCUGGACCUCACUAAAUUGGAUAAAAUUGACAACAAUGCCACAACAAAUCGCAACAACUUGAAGGCAGCCUAUAUAAAUGGCAAUGGCAUUUACUCAAAUCUGCCGCCAUAUCCGGGUGCGGUGAACGGCUCUUCAAACAACAGCUCCAGUCUACAAUCGAUGGAUAAUGCCACAAAUAAUAAUAAUUCCUAUAUGACCAAUAAUAAUUCAUCGAUGCAAACAUCACAAACGUCAGGCUAUCGCACCUCGUCUACGCACGAAAUAAAUCGAAAUCAUUUACUAACACCUUCCACUGAGAACAUUGCCAAUUACUCGUCCGACUCUCGCAGUUACCAGGAUGACUGCGCAUCAACGUCGACCUUCCUAUCGCCCACUGAAGAACCUGAACUUUACUUCGAUAAUUGGUCCGUUUGCUCGGAGGAUAAUUAUAUGCUGCAUGCCUCCCCAUCGCCAACAGUGUCGCGUCUCUCGCGCGCAUCCCAACUAUCAUCACCCACCCGUGGCGAGAGUUCCGAUCCGAAUGAAAGUGUAAUUGAUCGUAUAAAGCGUCGCAGUUUCUAUUGCCGCUUUAACGAUAAGAAGCCCAAGCGCACGAGUAGUAUUGUUGGACCGAGUGCAGUCCGUGACUAUUAUCGUGAACAACAAGCGGCGGUCAAAGCGCGUUCCAGCAAUAAACUCAAUCCCAGUGAACGCACCAAAUCACCAGAUAUUACACAAGAAUUCUUCCGACCAUUGAAGUUGAGCCCCGUCGGUACUGAACUGAAACCACCCAUUUACAAAUCGCCGCUGGACUACGCCACCAACAUCACAAAACCUCGUAAGAGUCUCAACGAUAUACGGCCCACCACAUCGCCUUCAUUGAUCAACAAACGUUACGGUUCUGCGGCAGACACAGAUUAUAUGACGUUGAAUAGCGGCGUGCCAAUACGCUACAAAUCCUCAGCGAGUUCAAGCCCUUACGAGAGUAAAGGCACGUCGGCCAUAAGUGGCGUAAGUUUGGGUGCUGGUGUAGGUGUAGGUGCGGGCGCGAGCGCAAACUACUAUAAUACCUACAGCCCGAAAAGACGUUCCUCAUAUACAUUCAAUGGCACACUGCCAAGUGGUGCAACGCUCACCAAUUCCACAUUGGAUGGUUAUGCGACGGUUGGUCGUCGACCUAUACGCACAUACGAUCAUCGCACCAUGUCACUGCUUGACCCAACGACCUCUUCCUCAUCGACAGCUGGCGCUAGUAGUUAUAGGCGCGAAGCGCGAACACCGGUCAGAGACUACACAACGGGCAUUUCGAGAUCGAAUUCGCGCUAUCGUACCUCGUCGGCAUCACGCAGCCCUACAAACAUUUGAUGUACAACACCGCAGAAUGGUUUCUGUAUCUUCUGCUAUUACUCAAAACGAAAUCGUACCAGCAGCACACAUACCGCUUCGUCGUCAUCCUCGAGAGCCAGUGGCGACAAGAAAUUGCAGGAAUGCACCAGUCGAAUUAGAAAUAAGUUUUAAUUGUACUACAACAAAAUAGCUUUCUACUUAAGAUCAAUAAAUUUAGUAGUAAACUCAUAA